AUGUUGGAGUUUAUGGAGAAGUUUAUGAAUGCGUAUCCAGGCACUCCAAAAGCAUGUCAUAUCUGGCCGACGAUGCUAGCGCAUGGAACGCUCAGAGAUCUCUAUCACAGUGACGCUCAUUUUCUAGAAUUUUUCAAACGAAAUACAAAACAUUUGGACGACGCUUUUCUCUUCUUUAUGGCAGAUCAUGGGCCACGAACGGAG